AUGGUGCUAUCUGUUGAUAUCAUCUAUCCAUCUAUCCAUCCAUCUAUCUUAUCCAUCCAUCUAUCUAUCUAUCUAUCUAUCUAUCUAUCUAUCUAUUUCUUGAUCCAUCUAUCUAUCUCCAUCCAUCUAUCCAUCCAUCCAUCUAUCUUGGUCUAUCCAGGAUCUAUCUAUCUAUCUAUCUAUUCAUAUCUAUCUAUCUAUCUAUCUAUUAAUAUAUCUAUCUAUCUAUCUAUCUCAAACUGUUCAUUAAAAUUUUAUCUAUUUAUAUCAUCUGUCUAUAUCUAUUUUAUCUAUCUAUCUAUCUAUAUGUUUUCAUUAUCUAUCUUUAUGUCUAUCUAUCUAUCAUCUAUCUAUCUAUCUAUCUAUCUAUCUAUGUCACUAUUCAUAUCUUUUAUCUAUCUAUCUCUUCACUGUCUAUCAUUUUCUAUCUAUCUAUAUCUUUCAUAUCUAUCUAUCUAUCUAUCUAUCUAUCUAUCUAUCUAUCAUCUAUCUAUCUAUCUAUCUAAGAAAUCUCUCUAUCUAUCUCAGGAUCUAUCUAUCUUUUUAUCUAUCUAUCCAUAUCUAUCUAUCUAUCUAUCUAUCUAUCUCGUCCUUCUAUCUAUCUAUCUAUCAUAUCUAUCUAUCUAUCUAUCAUCUAUCUAUCUAAGCCUGUUCAUAUGUUUCUAUCUAUCUAUCUAUCUAUCUAUCUAUCUUUGUAUCUAUCUAUUAUCUAUCUGUCUAUAUCUUGUCUAUCUAUCUAUCUAUCUAUCAAUCUAUCUAUCUAUAAUUUAUGUAUCUAUUCUUUUAUCUUCAUUCAUUCAUUCUAUCCAUCUAUCUAUCAUCUAUCUAUCUAUCUAUCUAUCUUUCUAUUUAUAUCAUCUAUCUAUCUAUCUAUUCAUCUAUCUAUCUAUCUAUUUUAUCUAUCUAUCUCAGCCUUUUCAUAUCUUUUCAUCUAUCUAUCUAUUCUCUGUCCUACUAUCUAUUUAUUUAUCUAUCUGUUCUGUAAUCUAUCUAUCUAUCUAUCUAUCUAUCUAUCUAUCUAUCUAUCUAUCUUCUAUAUCUAUCUAUCAUCUAUCUAUGUCUAUCUAUCCUAUCCAGGAUCUAUCUAUCUCAGUAUCUAUCUAUCUAUCUAUCUAUCUAUCUAUCUCAUCUAUCUUCAGCCUGUUCAUCUAUUUCAUUCAUCUAUCUAUGAUUAACUGUUAUCUCUAUCUAUCUAUCUAUGGUAGUCUAUUUAUAUCAUCUAUCUAUUUAUCUAUCUAUCUAUCUAUCUAUCUUCUAUCUAUCUAUCUAUCUCUUUCUUUUCAGGAUCUAUCUAUCUAUCUAUCUAUCUAUCUAUCUAUCUAUCUAUCUUGGUCUUUUCAGGAUCUAUCUAUCUAUCUAUCUAUCUAUCUAUCUAUCUAA